UUAUUUUUUCAUUCAUACGUGAACAGGCCCUCUUCACUUCUCUCUCCAUCUCCAUCUCACAAGUUCUGGAUUCUCUCUCACAAUUUCUGGAUUCUCUCUCUGCGUGUCGUUAAUCAAGAGCUCCAGUUCCUCAUUGGCGAGAAGACUAUUGCUGGAGUCCUAUUGCUUCAAAGCUGAAUUCUCAGUGACAUUCCAAAGGUACGAUUCUCUAAAGCCCUAACCCCCAAUGCUUGAUUAUGAGUUUUCUUAUAGCUUUAGAGUUGAUUUGAAUUCUAGAUUUGCUUAUCUUGAUUUUAUUGGGGUUAUUUUUGUAGAUUCCAUGUGAAUGUUUGAUUAUAUUUGAUUGAAUUUGGUUUCCAUUUGCAUGUCUGAUUUGAUUGUAUUGAAUCUAGAUUCCCUGUGUAUUUCUAAUUAGAUUUUGAUUGAAUUCAAUCGAAAUCAGCCUAGGUUAGGGUUUGAGUCAUCAAGACCCAUUACACGGUUGGUCCCAUUUGGUGCUUUGAGUCAACUUGGUGUGUGAUUGAUUUUGCUUAUUAGCUUCUCUCUCUCUCUCUCUCUCUCUCUCUCUCUCUCUGUGUCUAUUUAUGCAGAAUAAAAGUUAGCAUGAGUUGCUUGCCUUAGCAUUUCUUUCUUUUGUGUUUCUUCUUUUGCUUUUUGCUUUUUGUGUUUCUUCUCUCUGUUUAUGCAGAAUAAAAGUUAGCAUUAGUUGAGUAGUAAUGACUGAUAAAAACGAAAGUCAUUGUCAGUAGCAAUGACUGGUUUUUCGGUCCUUGAGUAGGUUUAAACAGGUUAAGUUAACAAGUUGUUCACUAGCAAUGGAUAAAGAACGGGCAUACUUCCCAAGAAAUUCACUAGUGUAUCAAAAUGGAGCACGGAGUUUUGUCAAUACAAUUCAAGCUAAGGAGGAGAAUCCAGAAAAAAUAAUAUGCCCUUGCAAGGAUUGUCUAAACAUGCGCUACCAAACUUCCAAUGUAGUGUAUGAUCAUUUAAUUGAAUUUGGAUUUGACCCUACGUACAAUAAUUGGGUUUGGCAUGGAGAAAUGUCAAAUUCAUCUAUUCAUCAUGAAGAUGUAGAAAUGCCUGAUAUGUAUAGAAUGUAUAGAGAUGCUUAUUUCCAAGAUGAUGGUGUUGUGGAACCAACACAUGAAAGAGAACAAAUAGAUCGUAAGUAUCCUAGUUUUGCAUCGGAUCCACGCAAUCUUAGAUUGGCCCUUUCAACUGAUGGGUUUAAUCCCUUUGGUGAUCUUAGUUCUAGAUAUAGUUGUUGGCCGGUGAUGCUAGUUACUAAUUACAAUCUUCCCCCUUCGUUAUGCAUGAUGAAGGAUAAUAUGAUAUUUUCAUUAUUAAUCUCGGGCCCCAAGCAGCCAGGAAAUGAUAUAGAUGUAUAUUUAGAGCCACUAAUUGAUGAUUUAAAAGAGCUUUGGAACAAUGGGGUUGAGGUGUACGAUUCAUUUAGUAAAUCCAUGUUCAAUUUGAAAGCUAUUUUGAUGUGGACCAUAAGUGAUUAUCCUGCCUAUGGAAAUUUAUCCGGGCAUCCCACAAAGGGUAGAGUAGCAUGUCCAAUAUGUGGUGUUAACACAUGUUCUCUAUGGCUAGACUCUAGUCAUAAGUUUGCAUUCAUGGGCCAUAGACGGUUUCUUGUUCACAAUCAUCCUUUUCGAACAACUGAAGAAUGGUAUGAUGGAAAGGAAGAACAUGGGGUUAAGCCUAGAAUGUUAAAUGGUUUAUAAGUUGUAGAUGCUGUCAAGAAUUGGGAGAAUGAUUGGGGAAAAGUAGGAAAAAAGAGAAAGCAUGGAAAGAAAAGAAAGAAGAAGAAUGCAGAUGCUAUUUGGCCGUGGAAAAAGAAAUCAAUCUUCUUUGAUCUACCUUAUUGGGAGACUUUACUUUUGCGUCACAAUUUAGAUGUGAUCCACAAAACCUGAAGAUAAUGUGCACUUUGUGCCACUUGGACCAGAUUGUUGGAAAGUUUGGGUCCUUGAGGUACUUGUAGGAGGCCAACCCUUAUUCCGGCCAACACGUGAAUUUUUUCUUAUUGAAGAUGUAGUUCUCAGUACAACCGCAUGGCCAAUCAAGUUCAUCUCCUCCAACUAGCUCUUGAUUGAGCAAGAAGAAGCUUGUUUGUGGAGAGAAAAUGG